AUGGGUCGUCGUUCCUCGGGACCUCAAAGAAGGUUACCACAGUCUCCAAUAGAAGAGGAUGAUGAAGAUGAUCAACUGGCGUUCUCUUCAAGACGUAAGAAGCAAAAGGUUAAUUAUGCUCAGAUAGAGAAUGAAUAUGAUGACAUUGAUGAUGAAUUGAGUGAUGAAGACAAAUUGGAGAGUUCACCGAAAAAGAAGAAGUCAAAUGGAUCCAAGUAUAAUGAUCCAGAUGAGGAAGAAGAAGAAGAUGACUAUGAUGAUGAUAGUUUUUCCAAAAGACCUCCUAAAAGAUCCACUAGAGCUAGAUCAUCUGCUAAGAUCAAAAAUGAAGAAGAAGAUGAUGAUGAAUUCAAAGACGAAAGCGAUGUUUUCAGUGAAGACAUUGAUGAGGAGAAAAAUUUUGAAAAAAAAAGAAUGAGAAACUUCAUCUCAAAAGAUGAUGAUGAUGAUAAUGAUGUUGAAUAUUACGAUCAACCGAAGAAGAGAUCAAAGAAGUCCAAUAGAAAAAAGAACUCAAAGCAACGCGGUCGUGUCAAAAGUAGGACAACUUCUCAAAGAUCUUCAAGAUUAAGAAGAGAUUCAUCCCAAAUUGAGGACGAGUCAGAAGAUGAACCAACACUACCGAAUGAUGAUGAACCUACAAUUAAUGAUGAUAAUGAUGAUCUGAAACAAGAGUUAGAAGACUUGAAAAAUGAUUCUGAUGCUCCAAGAAGAACGAGAAGGGGUGGUGUGCGUUCAGCAUUAGAUUCAGAUGCUUCCCCUGCUCCAAGGUCUCUUCGUGAACGUAAAAAAGAAGUCAAUUAUACAAUUCCACCUCCUUUGACUGAUAUAAAUGUUGAAGAAUUACAAAGAUUGAAUGCAGGUGCACCAUCUACCCCUAGAAGAAGAGGUGGUCCAACAGGGCCAAUAAGGAGAUUAUUCCCAACAGGUGGUCCAUUUGGUGGUGGUGAUGUUACUUCGAUUUUCGGUAAAAACUUGACACAUUUCAAUUCAUCAACACCAGCAAAUCUAUUAGCUGGUGGUGGCGCAGAUUCAGAUUCUUCAGAUGAUGAAAUCAUACCCGUUGGUGGAUCAAGUGUUAAAAGAAAUUCAAUCAGUGCUCCAAUUGGUCAAAAUAAGAUCAAGAAAAGACAACCUGCAGAUUCUGACCCAUUAGGUGUUGAUAUGAAUAUUGAUUUUAGUGCAAUUGGGGGUCUUGAUAACUAUAUCAAUCAAUUAAAAGAAAUGGUGGCAUUGCCUUUAUUAUAUCCUGAAGUUUAUCAAAGAUUUGGUAUAACGCCUCCAAGAGGUGUUUUAUUCCAUGGUCCACCAGGUACAGGUAAAACAUUAAUGGCUAGAGCAUUAGCUGCAAGUUGUUCUUCUCAAGGUCGUAAUAUAACCUUUUUCAUGAGAAAAGGUGCUGAUUGUUUAUCAAAAUGGGUUGGUGAAGCUGAAAGACAAUUACGUUUAUUAUUCGAAGAAGCUAGAAAGCAACAACCAAGUAUUAUCUUUUUUGAUGAAAUUGACGGGCUGGCUCCAGUUAGAUCUUCAAAACAAGAGCAAAUUCAUGCAAGUAUCGUCUCCACAAUGUUGGCAUUAAUGGAUGGUAUGGAUAAUAGAGGUCAAGUUAUUGUUAUCGGAGCUACAAAUCGUCCUGACGCAGUAGAUCCUGCACUACGUCGUCCAGGUAGAUUUGACAGAGAAUUUUAUUUCCCAUUACCUGAUAUUAAAGCUAGAGAACAAAUUGUAAAGAUUCAAACAAAGAAAUGGGAUCCUCCAUUGAAACCAGAAUUUGUGGAGAAAGUUGCACAUUUGACUAAAGGUUAUGGUGGUGCUGAUUUGAGAGCCUUAUGUACAGAAGCUGCGUUGAACAGUAUACAGAGAAGAUAUCCACAAAUCUAUGCGUCUGAUGAUAAGCUAAAAAUUGAUCCAUCGACAAUUCAAGUUGGUGCAAGAGACUUCAUGAAGGCUUUGGAUAAAAUUGUUCCCUCUUCUGCUCGUUCAUCCUCAAGCGGUUCUUCACCAUUACCUGAUCAUUUAAAGUCUUUAUUGGAGAAACCAUUAGCAAAAAUUACUGAUAAAUUAGAUAAGUUGGUUCCAAGAGUGAAAAAGCUAAGUGUAUUGGAGGAAGCCCAAUUUGUUGAUCCAACUGAAAACGAUCAAGAUGGUGGGUUUGGUAAACAUGAAUUAUUGAAACGUCUAGAAUCAACAAGAGUCCAUCGUCCUAGAAUGUUAAUUGCUGGUGAUCCCGGUAAUGGUCAAGGCUAUCUAGGCUCAGCUGUUUUGAAUCAUUUGGAAGGGUUCAAUGUUCAAUCUUUGGAUCUAGGUGUGUUAUUUGGCGACUCUACAAGAAGUCCCGAAACUGCUAUAAUUCAGAGUUUUAUUGAAGCACGUCGUCAUCAACCUUCAAUCAUUUUCAUUCCAAAUAUUGAUAUUUGGUACCAUGCCGUUUCUGAUUCCUCAAAAGCUACAUUAUCAGGACUAUUAAGAUCAGUAGGAUCAAAUGAAAGAAUAUUGCUACUAGGUUUAUCAGAUACUUCUUUUGAAGAUUUAGAUGUUAGCUUGAAACGACUAUUUGGUCUAUCAGAAGCCAAUCAUGUCAAUUUGGAAAAAGCUGAUGAACAACAAAGAGAUAAAUUUUUCGAGUCUUUAUGGACUGCUCUGAAAAUGAAACCAACAGAAUUUUUGGAUUCAAGAAAGAAGAGAAAAUUGGAGAAAUUGGAAAAAAUAGAACCAGAAAAGAAAGAUGUUCAAGUUAGUUUAAAAUCAUUUGAAAAAGCAGAUAUGAAAUUGAAAAACACAUUGAAAAUUAAACUUUCAGGGUUGAUGGAUUUAUUUAAGAAUCGUUAUAGAAAAUUCAAAAAACCACCAAUUGAUGAUGUGUUGUUGAUUCAUUUGUUUGAACCUGAAGAUCCUAAUGCUCCAUUGCAUCCUUUUUCCAAAAGUGGUGAUAUGAUCAUUGAAAAUUCAACACAGCGUCGUUUUUUCAAUAUGGAUUUGGAUAUAGUUGAAGAAAGAUUAUGGAAUGGGUUUUAUUCAGAACCAAAACAGUUUUUGAGAGAUAUUGAAAUGAUUUAUCUUGAUGCUGUUACAUUAAAUGACCGUGAGAGAUUGAUCAAGGCUUCUGAAAUGUUUGCUAAUGCUCAAGUUGGUGUUGAAGAAAUUGCUACUCCUGAGUUUGCCCGUGAAUGUAAAGCUAUGCGUGCCAGAGAAGCUGAAAGACAAAGAAAACAUGAGGAAGACUUGUUGAAAAUCAAGGAAAUUGAAGAGGCUCAUAAUAAGCUGUUAACUAAUGCUGAGACAUCUACAAAUGGUGAAGUGGUUGCUGUUGAUGGAGACGAGCCAGUCGCUGAUGGACCAGUUGAAGUUGCUGACCAAUCUAUCAUUAGCGUUGGUGAUGUUACCACUCAAGAAAUUGACAAACCUACGCAAAAAGAUAUUGUAUUGCAAGAGUCCACUCCAAGUCAAACUAUUGAGAAUGAUAGUGAGAUGUUGAAUGGUGAUCAAAUGAUUGUUGAUGAACCUCCAAAGGAGGAUGAUAAGCCAGCACAAAUAAUUGAGACAAUUGAAGAAGAACCUGAACCUGAACCAGAGCCUGAACCAGAAGUUCCUGAUCCUGAUUUUAUUCUUGAUGAAUCAAAACUAGGUUCCGUGAGGGAAUCAUUGUUGAAUGUUACUGAUGACCUCAAUCUUGAAAGUCUUGAAUUGAUAAAUGCAAGAUUAAUGGAAAUAAUAUGGGAAGAUCAUCAAAAAUGGGAUCGCGAUGCUACAUUGGAAAAGUUGAGAAAUGAGAUUGUCAAAUUUGAUGAAGAGUUUUAA